UUUCAUCAUCAUUUUUUGCGUCAUUUUAUGUCUAUAUGAGUAACAUUACCAUUUUCACUAGUUUAAUUGUUUAAACAGAUAAUAGGCUAAUUAUAAGAACUAAUUCUCUAUGGCUCCCCAUUGAGUUUCCCUGUGUUCAGCGUAAUAAUGACGCCACGCGCAGCCAGUAGAAAACAUGGCGACGAAGGGACUCCGUCAACGCAACAGACGGGGAAGCAAACAAGAUGCCAAUAACGUAAACAACACACCUAGCACAGACAACCGAGCGACGAAAGACGACAAAUGUACCGAGGACAACAAGUCUAACGUUAGUGACCAGCGAAAUGAGUCAUCCAGUAAGGCAGGACAGGUGUGGGCUCCUGAGGGCUCCACAGCCUUCAAGUGCCUGGUUUCAGCCCGCUUUUGUGCCGCGUUACUCAGUAACAUCUCUGACUGUGAUGAAACCUUUAAUUACUGGGAACCAAUUCACUACCUACUGUACGGAACAGGGAUGCAGACAUGGGAAUAUUCCCCGGCCUAUGCGAUUCGCUCCUACGCGUAUCUAUGGCUCCAUGCACUUCCUGCCUACUUCCAUGCCAAAAUACUACAAACCAACAAAGUCCUUGUGUUUUACUUCCUGCGAUGCAUGUUAGCAUUUACCUGUUGUGUAUGUGAGCUCUACUUCUACAAGGCUGUAUGUAAAAAGUUUGGCCUGCAUGUGGGGCGUCUCCUGCUAGCAUUCCUUGUCUUGAGUGCCGGAAUGUUCUGCUCCUCUGCAGCUUUCCUGCCCAGUACCUUUUGUAUGUACAGUACAGUGGUAGCUAUGACUGGCUGGUUCCAGGGGCGCCCCAGUCUGGCUGUACUGGGUAUUGCAGCGGGUGCCAUAGUGGGCUGGCCCUUUAGUGCCCUGCUGGGCAUACCCAUUGCCUUUGACCUCCUGUUACUGAAGAGAAAGUGGAAGAGUUUUAUCCUGUGGACUCUGGUGGCGUUGGUGCUUUUUCUGGUUCCUGUUGUUUUGGUUGACAGCUACUAUUAUGGCAAGCUGGUAAUUGCUCCCCUGAAUAUAUUACUGUACAAUGUGUUCACCCCUCAUGGACCGGAUCUCUAUGGCACAGAGCCAUGGCAUUAUUACUUUGUAAAUGGUUUCCUGAAUUUCAACAUUGUAUUUGUGUUGGCCCUGUUUUCUCUUCCUCUCACUGCGCUUAUGGAGGCACUUCUGCAGAGAUUCAAUGUACAGAACCUCGGCCGGCCAUACUGGUUAACCCUGUCACCAAUGUACCUGUGGAUGCUGGUGUUUUUUACUCGGCCACAUAAAGAAGAACGCUUUCUGUUUCCUAUCUAUCCUCUCAUAUGUUUGUGCGGGGCUGUGGCGCUCUCCUCACUUCAGAAGUGCUAUCACUUCAUAUUCCAGCGCUAUCGUCUGGAGCACUACACCAUCUCCUCCAACUGGCUGGCUCUCGGCUCUGUGCUGCUGUUUGGAGUGCUCUCACUGUCCCGUUCUGUGGCUCUCUUCAGAGGCUAUCAUGCACCUCUGGAUUUGUAUCCGGAGUUUCACCGCAUUGCUAAAGACCCCACCAUCCACAUGGUUCCAGACGGCAGACCGGUUAAUGUUUGCGUAGGGAAAGAGUGGUACCGCUUCCCCAGCAGUUUCCUGCUUCCCAACAACUGGCAUUUACAAUUUAUCCAGUCAGAGUUCAGAGGCCAGCUGCCGAAGCCGUAUGCCAGCGGUCCUGAUGCCACCUGGAUACUCCCAGCAGACAUGAACGAUCAAAACCUCGAGGAAACGUCACGAUAUGUUGACCUAAAACAGUGCCAUUAUUUGGUGGAUCUGGCCACAGACAUAGAGGCCCCUCGAGAACCAAAAUACGCCGCUAACAAAGAGGAGUGGAGCGUUAUUGUUGAAAAGCCUUUUCUAGACACUACCGGGUCCUCGAGAUUCUUCAGGGCCUUUUUUAUCCCUUUUCUGUCUGAGCAAUACACCACCUACAGCAGAUAUGUCAUCCUGAAACCACGGCGACCCAAAAACACCCGAAAAAGAACGCAACUGUGAUGUCCUGCUCCUGCUGUCGUCAUCGUCAUCAUCAGCAUCUCUUCUAGUGCUUUGUCAUAAAGCCCCAAAUAUUCCUCCUCACAAACUCAGUCUGUGCAUACAUGUGUAUGCUUGUUUGUGUAUGUGUGUACGUUUUUUGUUUGGACCAAGUGUGGCAUUGAACCAUGCCGAGCAUGGAUGCCUUACCCAUUUUACCAAUAGUGACCCGAUCAUCUUUCUUCCAUUCUGCCUACUGUUCCUUUUUACGACGUAGCUUAACAUAAAUGCCUGCCCGGGCUUCUCGGCAUCCUUCAAACAGAAGAGUACUUUCUAGAAAACCCUUUAAGGACAACAGUCCAUCAUUUGCUAUGACCUUCCGUUUAAAAUCUCACAUCUGAUCUGGGACGUUGAACUGUACUCCAUGAAUGCAGGCCCAAACCAGAUCUCAUUUUGCAUCAUCGUCUGGUGUUCAACAGUAGACAUGAACUUCUCUUAAUUUGUCCUGUUUGAAGAACUGGUCCAAGGAAGUUGCACCCUCUCAGGAUGAAAGAUGCACCAAAAAACCUUUCUGUGCUUUGUUAAAGUGGACAUUGUGAAGUCAAGUUGCACACGUGGACAAUUAAGAGUUUACAUUCCAAAUCAUGUUUGUCAUAUUGAUCAUAUCAAUGUUAACUGUGAUUGAAUCAAAUAAAAAAAAUGAUUUAUUGAGUUUGGGUAUGCCAUCACAAAAA